AUGGGAAAUGAGACUGAUCUCAUUUCACUUUUGGAGUUCAAAAGCAAGAUGGCCGCGGAUCCGUAUGGAAUCUUGAGCUCAUGGAACGAUUCUGUCAACUUCUGCAAAUGGCAUGGGAUUACUUGUAGCUCAAAACACCAUAGAGUUGCGUCUCUAAAAGUGCAAGGGAUGAGCUUAUCAGGCACCAUAUCUCCAUAUACAGGGAACCUCACCUUCUUAAGUGGGGAAAAUUCCUGCCGAGCUAGGCUCUUUAAAGAAGCUUGUUACACUUUUCCUCAGUUCAAACAACCUCACUGGAAAGAUCCCACAUUCUGUUGGAAAAACCUUUCAUCCCUCCAACGUUUUUCUGUAGCAAGUAAUCAUAUGGAAGGAAAUAUUCCAAAUGAAAUGGGACGAAUAACAAGCUUAACUCUGCUUGCUAUGGGAGACAAUAAUCUGGUUGGUUCAAUUCCUUCUACCCUCUACAAUAUCUCAUCCAUCGCUAUGCUAUCUGUUACACAGAAUCAAUUGCAAGGGAAGCUCCCAGCAAAUAUAGGGCUUACUCUUCCUAACCUGCAAAUUUUUGAAAUCGGCAUGAACCAAUUUCAUGGCAGUGUUCCAGUUUCGUGGACGAAUGCUUCUGUGCAACUUGAAAUAUUUGACGUUUAUGCCAACAGUUUCACAGGACAAGUCCCGAUCGAUCGGGGAAAUUUAAAUGGUCUCCAAUUACUGAAUUUGGGAAACAAUUUUCUGGGCAAUAAUUCAAGUCAGGAUUUGGCUUUCAUAACAUCUUUGUCAAACUGCACCAAUCUCCGAGGACUAUCUCUUUCUGAUAAUAAUUUUGGCGGUGUAUUACCUAGCACAAUAGUUAAUAUGUCUACCCUUAUGUCUAUAACUUUAGGAAGAAACCAAAUAUCUGGUAGAAUUCCAGCAUACAUUGGCAUCUUGUCAAUUUGUAUGGAUUAG